AUGGCUCUCAGCUUCAUAUCAGCGAUACAGAUCGAGGUUUCCGCAUCAUUGGAAUUUUCACGGUUAGUGAGCAUUCCUGCGCUUCCUCUCCCUAUUAAUGCCACGCAACACCCUCAGUACGAGGCUGCCCGCAGGAUUGCCCCAAUUUGGCCUUCAGUCCAAGGAGGUAUCGUGGUACCUCAAAGUAUAAAAACGAUGGCAAUUACUACACCUCAAUUCAAAGCCCCUAAUCUUUCGCAAUCUAGCUCUAGGCGCCAGUCUGUCACCCGAGUGUUAAUCAUCGGUGACUCAAUAACUCGGAGCCAGGAAGGAGACUACAUAUGGCGGUACCGUAUUUGGCAAUGGUUUCACUCUAGUAGGGUUUCUGUGAAGACAGUCGGCCCUUAA